AUGGCGUGCUCGAGUCGUGCCGUCAGGUUGCGGGAUUCCAUCUCCAACUGGGAUCAAGAUCUCAAAGGGAUUCAGGAACCGAAUGCUGCGUUUCACGAAGAGUUGACCAUUCUUCGCGAUCGUUCGAGGAGGAGAUUGGAACAGUUUGCUCUCGACCCUUCCCAAGAUGAUAUAUCGCUAGUUCAGCUGGCAUUACUUUCGGAUGGCCGACACAUCAAGGAACUAGAGCUUAAUCACGCUGCUACAAGGGCGCAGAAGCAAGAAGCCUACGAUUACGGAACCGAGGUACUCGCGGGAAAGAUUAUUGGGGAUCUGGUCAACAUAUUUGGCCUUCCAACGAUGCAAAGAUUGGCCACAGAGCUGUUUUCUCCAAUAGGAGACCAAGGGCACAUCGCUCGCCUCUCUGGCCACUUCAACGAGCUUUCCCCUCCAGACCAACCGGAUGCAGCAGCCGAGGAGUUAGUUUUGCAGCCCAACGGUUACCAUACAAGACGCGCUGGCAGACUUCGUUCGAUGAUUUUACCAUCGCCGCACUCGUCCGUGGUAAAGUCUGGCGUGAGACGCUGUCUGGCGGUAGUGAAACUGGAGCCCGAACCUGAGGUUACGAGACCUGCUUUUCCGACCUCAACAGAGCCGUCCCUUGCCAUAACCGAGAGCUUAUACCAGCACGAUGAGAAACAAAAGGCCGUUAUCAGAAAGAGGGGUCGCACGCUUACGAAAAAGAGCGUUGAAUUCGGAGUAGACGGCCAUACUGCCUGUGUCCUAGUCUACAGGAAUCCCAUCCACCACACAUGGGUCUGUGCAAUGCACAUUCCGGAAGGCCAGGAUGUUCCAAGCUUGGAUGCCAUUGUACGCUUCUCUCCAUGCCGUCUGAGUACCUCGUCUAAUUCGUAACAGGUGGCGGAUCAUCUCAGGUCCGAUAUGGCGACGGAGUCCCUACCUUCAAUAGAGGCCGGUGAAUAGCGGCUCAGGACAAGAGCAUGGAGUACGGCAGGCUAGAAAAAGUUCCCAGGCGAACGAAUGGAAUAGAACCCUUCGCCCUAGCUGAUAAAUGCAUUCGAUAUUUAUCUCCU